AUGAGUGACGGCACCCUGCGCACCCCCGGGGCCGUAGACUUCUUCCGCAUCCUCAACGAAAACGUGGCUGUCCUGGAGGACAUCAGCCGGGGGGAGGUGCUCUACGCCGCAGCAUGCAGGGCGCUCAAGGUGAUGCGUGACUUCACCGCGUCCCAGCAGGCCUACCUGUCAAAGGGGGGGCUCCCCCUGGAGAUGCUGUGCGCGCUGCUCAACAACAACGUGGAGGCGUACGGCCAGAGCCUGGAGUUCACGGAGCACUCUCUGCUGGAGGCGCCCUAUGCGGGAAAACUGGAUGUGGAGGAGACGUGCAGGUCCUUCCUUGAGGUGGCCAAGUCCAUGGCGGGAGCCAUCUCCGCAGAGGUCAUGCGUGACGCCGGGCUGGGUGACCAGUUUGGGCGGCUGUACAGCCACUCCGACUGGGUGGCCGGCACCACCACCGCCACCAUCCUGGCCACGCUGCAAGACUACUUUGGGGACAUAUCCACAUUUGUGGAGCCCGGGUUUGCCAAGAGGGUGGCGGAGCUGGUGCUGGAGGAGUUGGUGCGGCGGUACGCGGCGGCCCUGGUGCUGGCCCCGCCCCCCGCCAGUGACCUGGUGCUCAGAAGGAUGGCGGCGGAUGAGGCGGAGGUUCAGGGCUUCUUCCAG